AUGACGGGGACUUUGAGCAAGCGCCAGCAGGCGCGUAAUGAGGCGAUUCUCCAAGACCUGGUACAUUCCGUCCCAGGCAAUGACCAGUGCGCCGACUGUCACGCGCGAAAUCCAUCUUGGGCAUCAUGGAGCCUGGGAGUCUUCUUAUGUAUGCGCUGUGCUGCGAUACAUCGAAAGCUAGGCACGCACAUAUCCAAAGUCAAGUCGCUAAGCAUGGAUGCAUGGACGAAUGAACAAGUUGAUAACAUGCGAAAGGUCGGCAACACUACGUCGAACAAGAUAUACAACCCCGAGAACAAGACGGCAUCGGUGCCUAUUGACGUGGAUGAAGCAGACUCGGCCAUGGAGAGGUUCAUUCGCCAAAAAUAUAUCAAUACUGUCGCGGGCCAAGCUGGGAAGCUGAAAAAACCGCAGCUGGAUGAAGGAACUCCGCCACCGUUACCGCCCAAGAACUCCAAGUUCGGAUUCAGAUCGGCCUCGUCAAUAUUCCCACUGUCAUCGCGAGCGAAGAAGGAGGCCAAGGCAGCCGCUGCGCAAGAGCUUGCGAAUUCCAAUUCUUCAGCCAACCAUGGAAACCACGCAAACAAACAGUCCAAAGUCUUCGGAGCUUCUGUAGACUACGGCCAGGACGACACAGACAAGAAGCUGGCGAGACUACGAGACAUGGGCUUCCAGGACGACCAUCGAAAUGCAACCAUUCUAAAAGGAGUCAACGGCAACUUGGAACGUGCCGUUGAGGCGCUCGUUCGUCUUGGCGAAGGCGAGAGUUUGAGCGUGUCCCAGAAGGAAGCGACUCCAGAACGCCCAAUCACGGCUUCAGCAGCCUCUACGAAUCCGUUCGAUAUCUUCCCGCCUGCUCAGCCCCAGACGGCUCAUUCCACGGGGACACUCCAAACCAACAAUCCUUUCAUAAACUCGACGAAUCCCUAUGGAACACCAGCACAACAGGCCAGCCUUGUCACCCAAGCAUUCCAGAACAUGUCCCUGUCUCCGCAAGCUCAACCUCUUUUCCCCCAUCAUACUGGUGGAGUCAUCUCGACGCCCCAUCAGUACGCGAUGUACUCUCAGUCUCAGGCUACCCCGUCAAUGCCUCAGCAAUAUCAGAGCUUGAGCUUCCAGAAUAGCAUGACAUACCCUCAACCUGCCGCACAGCCCAUUGCACCACAGCAGACGGGCUACAAUCCAUUCUUCACGCAGGCACCGACCCAGCAGUUUCAGCAGCAGGCACCUCAACAAAGUUUGUCGCUCAACACCAACCAGGCUGCGGCAUAUGCGAACAAUCCCUUUACGCGAUCACCGACCAGGAUAUCGUCGCCUUCUCUCACCCAGAUUCCAGAGCAAUCUCUGCCUACCAUUUUCCAGGCCCCAACACCACUGCAGCAACACCUGACUGGAACGAAUCCCUUUUUGAACAAUGGCGUGCAGCACCCCCAGCAAGUGACGCAGCAACAACCUCAGUUUUAUGGACAGCAGCAGCAGCCUCAGUUUUAUGGACAGCAGCAACAACUACACCAGCAACAGCAGCAGCAGCAGCAAUAUUAUCAGCCUCAGCGUCAAGACAAGGCCUCCAUCCUCGCGCUAUAUGGCCAGCCGCAAGCAGCACGUCCCACGGUUUCUGAUCCCAACAUACACGCACAGACGCCAACUAUCCCAGAGGACAGACCCAUGCCAAUGCAGGCCAUGCAUUCUCCAGCAGCUCCGGCCCAGUCACCUCUGAGCGCGACACAGCCACUUGCAGGAAACAACAACCCGUUCAUGAAGAGCGGGCCUCCGGCAGUAGCUCCAGACCCCUUUGCCACGGAUCGCAAGAUUAGUAGAGAAAGCAUGAACCUGGGUAUGGACAUGGCAUGGACGAAUGGACGGCACAGCCCCGAUGCCUUUGCAAGCCUCAGUGCGAGACACGGUUGA